GGCGCACGCGCGCUGAUGGGUUGGUUGUGUUUAUAACCGGGAAUGGCUAGUAAAGGGAGGAGGGGGGUAACGUGGUUUCUUGGCGGGGUUCGGGUAGAUACGCGCACAGCACACACUUUUUAGGUUUCAAUAAUGUGACUACUGAGAUCAUCAUGUCUGCUCUCUGUCCUCCUCCUUCUCCUGCCGUUGCCAAGACAGAAAUUGCGCUGAGUGGAGAAUCACCGUUACUGGCUGCCACAUUUGCAUACUGGGAUAAUAUUCUUGGUCCCAGAGUCAGACAUAUUUGGGCGCCAAAAACAGAGCAACAGCUUCUCAGUGAUGGAGAAAUAACAUUCCUGGCAAAUCAUACUCUCAAUGGAGAAAUCCUUCGAAAUGCAGAGAGUGGUGCAAUAGAUGUGAAGUUUUUUGUUUUGUCUGAGAAAGGGGUCAUUAUUGUGUCCUUAAUUUUUGAUGGAAAUUGGAAUGGAGACAGAAGUACAUAUGGAUUAUCAAUAAUACUUCCACAGAGUGAGCUGAGUUUCUACCUUCCCCUACACAGAGUGUGUGUUGAUAGAUUGACGCACAUUAUAAGGAAAGGAAGGAUAUGGAUGCAUAAGGAAAGACAAGAACAUUUCCAGAAGUCUAUUAUGGAAGGUGCAGAAAGAGUGGAAGACCAAGGCCAGAGUAUCAUUCCAAUGCUGACAGGGGAAGUUAUUCCUGUAAUGGAACUCCUAUCAUCUAUGAAAUCACACAGUGUUCCAGAAGAAAUAGAUAUAAGUGAUACAGUGCUUAGUGAUGAUGACAUUGGUGAUAGUUGUCAUGAAAGUUUCCUACUUAAGGCCAUAAGUUCACAUCUGCAGACCUGUGGUUGCUCAGUUGUUAUCGGAAGUAGCGCAGAAAAAGUUAAUAAGAUAGUACGGACACUAUGCCUCUUUCUCACUUCAGCAGAGCGAAAAUGUUCUCGCCUUUGUAGAAAUGAAACCUCUUUUAAGUAUGAGUCAGGUCUUUUUGUCCAAGGGCUGCUGAAGGAUGUGACUGGAAGCUUUGUGUUGCCUUUCCGUCAAGUGAUGUAUGCCCCAUACCCUACCACACACAUAGAUGUAGAUGUCAACACAGUGAAACAGAUGCCUCCAUGCCAUGAACAUAUUUAUAAUCAACGGCGGUACAUGAGAUCUGAACUAACAGCAUUUUGGAGAGCUACUUUGGAUGAAGAAAUGCCUCAAGAUACCAUUAUCCAUACAGAUGAAAGCUUUACUCCUGACUUGAAUGUUUUCCAAGAUGUUCAGCACCAAGAUACUUUAGUAAAAGCUUUCUUGGAUCAGGUCUUUCAUUUAAAACCUGGAUUGUCUCUAAGGAGCGUGUUUCUUGCACAGUUCCUCUUAGUCCUUCACAGAAAAGCCUUAACUCUCAUCAAAUACAUCGAGGAUGAUACGCAAAAAGGCAAAAAACCUUUUAAAUCUCUCCGUAACCUGAAGAUAGACCUGGACUUAACAGCAGAGGGCGAUCUUAACAUAAUAAUGGCUUUUGCUGAGAAGCUCAAGCCUGGAUUACAUUCGUUUCUUUUUGGCCAACCUUUCUACACCAGCGUGCAGGAACACGAUGUCCUAAUGUCAUUUUAAAGAUCUUUUAAUGAGGAGUGGUACAGCCUCAUGAUACUAUUCAAAGGUUUUUGUAAAGGGAAUGCAAGGUUUCUCUUUGUAAUCACAUGCUGCUCUCCACUGCAACUGAAUGUAAAGUUACACUACAACCUGUAGAAAGAGGAAGAGGGAGUACAAUUUGCUGUCAAAUCAACUAUUCAACUUAGGCAGGCAUCAAAGGCUCUGUUUUGUUUAUAGUAAGAGUAAAUAUCAUUAUGUGUGGUCAAAAUGCUAACCAGAGUUUUCAGAACAACAAAGCAAAUUUUUAAAUAGUUUUUGUUAGAGCACACUGGCUUUAUCUUUUUCGUUCUUGCUUUUGGCAUUGGGCAGAAUGAGACAUUUCCCCCUUCUCUCUUGGGAGAUACUAGACCAUAAACAAAUGUCUAAUGUCAACUGAAGACUAUAAUUUCCAAUGGGUAUCCAGUUUAGAUAGUACCAACUAUCUUUUCUUCCUCUUUCCAUACUUUUCAACAGCUGUCAGAAACUUGUGGUGGUAUCUAACUAUUUAAAUAUAGCUAUAAAACACUAUGCUUAGAAAAUGACUUCUUAGAAUAGGUAGAAUUGGACAUGACUGGAAUUGGACAUGACCCUGCAGAGUAUUUGUAGGUUAGUAGGAUAUCACCAACCAUACUAGGGCCCAGCAAAUCCAUUCUGUUGCUGAUUCUGUUAGAUUAUAAUGGAUGCCACACUGUUCAAUGACUGACAAUAGUUGUACAUAUUUAGAGGACAAAAUAAAUACAAAAGCUAGGCUUUUGGUAAAGCCAGCAGCUAAGUAGCUCUUUUGUGCCCUGAAUGAAAGCCAAAUAAAUCUACUUAUUCUAUAUUUACGAAUUGAUGAUGG